AUGUGUUUGGGCACUGGUGGCUCAUCCAUUCAGUUGCCUCCCAAGGUACCUGUAGCACCCCCUUCAAGGACCACCUCCUCAAGACUUCCAACUCUGUCUAUGCCUACUCCUCGGGAUCAAGGGGUUAUCCAUCCUCGGGAUGGUACUAAGCAAGAGAGGAGAGUGAAGAGUCAUCAUGAUCCAACAACUAGGGUUACUAUUGCUCAGUUGGCACAACAAAUGUCCAUUAUCACCAAUUGCCUUUGGCCCUAUUGCUUAGCAGGCGAUAAGGCCGCUAAGGAGUUUGAGCAACUAAAAGAGGAAGAGAGCAUGGAGCUUUCAAGUGAGGUGGACAAGAACAAGGCAUUAGUCGACGAUGCCAGGAAGAGGAUGUUUGAAACAGAACUUAAGGUAUUUGUUGUUGAAGCUAAACUCAUCAAGGCCAAGCAAGUGGAGAAGUUGGGAGCCGAGGCCGAGACGAGAUCAAAGACGGAGGAAAAAAUCAUCCAGGAGUGUGAAGACUAUGUGAUGGUUGCCUUCGAGGAUCUUAAGUUGAAGACCUUCAAAGAAGGAUGGGAUGCCACUCUCAAUGCCGUAGGGGUUACAAUGGAUUCUCCUCUGUAUCAACAACAUACACGCACUCCUUCCCCCGGAGGUGGCUAA